AUGCAAAAGGAAUCAUUCAAAAUAUAUUCAAAAACAGAACAUUUAAAAAUAAGGAGCUUAAUAACAUUUAAUACUGGAGGAAUACAAUUACAUGAAAAUGAAAUAAGUAAUAUCAUCACGGAAAAUUUGAGAAAGAAUAAAUUAAUCCAAAAAAAAAAUAAAGCCCCAAAAAAAAACAUAAUAAUUUCCAUGGAAAACUUGCACUCACUGUCUUAUAUUAAUGAAAGCGAAAUUUAUUUUUAUUAUGGAGAAACUUUGGAAAACCGGAGGCAUGGAUGGGGUUUUCUAGCAGAUAGAAACAAAAUUAUUUACGAAGGAAUGUGGUAUAAGGACCAAGCAGUAGGAUUGUACAUAUCACAACCCAAUUUUUUGGUUGAAUUCGGUUAUAAAGAUUACUUUUGCAGAGAAUCAAGUUCAUAUAAAUCACAAAUAAUCUGUGGUAAAGAAACAGAAAUAAUUUUGGAUAAUAAGGCUCAACAAAAUACCUUACUUCAUGAAAAUUUAAGUAUUAACCACUUCAGUCAAACUAGCAAUUCCAAAGAAAUUUUAAACCCUUGUUUAAUCACAGGUUCAAAGAAAGCUGAUUUUUCAGGUCAUAUGAAUCAAGCUUUGCUCAAUAAGAUAAAAGAGUUUGAUUAUAACAGAAGAAAUCUAUUCAAUUUAAACUUUGAAAAUACAUAUGAAAUAAACAGACAGGCUUUUUAUCGAUCUUUAAGUUUAUAUAAUUUAAAAAAUGGAUAUCAAGUUUUUAAUAGAAAAAAAUUAAAUGAAAUUUUAAGAAAUGAUGAAAAAGAAAAUUUUAAUAGUUUAGAAAAUAAUAUUUUAGGCAAUAAAAAAAAUUUAACUAAAAGUCUAACUAAUGAUAGCACAUGUAUAAAUUGCAAAACUUUAAUAUUUAAACAAUUUAUUUCAUCUCCUAUUUAUGCUUGCGACUGUAAUAAAUGGAGUAAUGAAAUCAUUUCUCUUAUUUUAAUAUCAAAUGGAUUAUUGGAGGAAGCAAUAAUAUUUCAUAACCAUAAACUAACCGGUAAUGAUAUUCCUAUGUUUAACGAACAGUUCAUUAAAGAGCUCGGAAUUUUUGACAAUUAUUCAAGAAGAUUUAUUUCGAGGUUAUUUCAACAAUUUUGGGGGUUUCUUGAUUACAUGGAUUUAUCUUUAAUUGAGAACUUUAAUAUUAAAAACCUAAGUAUUUUACCCUAUAUUCACAGAACACAGAUAGAAUUAGGCAGUUAUGUUUCGAGCAGUUCUCAUUGCAUUAUAAUAAAUGGGAAUUAUAAAGCUCAAAAAAUCAUAUGUAAAGUUCUCAAAUAUAAUAUUGAAAAUUAUGAGGAGCUGGACCCUAUAUUUAGGGUUGAAUUUAGAAAUAAUGCCGAUCUUUUUACUAAUAGUUCUGAUGGAAAUCACGAUAAUGACGAGAAUGAAAAUUGGAAGAAUGAGCAGCAUUCACCAAUUUGCUAUAUUUACAAACACAGGCGAGAUCCCAUAUCUAAAGAAAACUUAUUUAAGUAUAUUCCAACUUCAGUUAAGAUGAGGGACUGGGAAGCAAGAAUUUUAAUUUAUCUUUCUUCACAUCCAAAUAUUGUAAAGUGCCUAGGCAUCUCUCAAUUUAAUAUGGGUUAUGAAGCUCUGAUACUGGAAAACUGUGAAGGAGGGAGUAUGGAUCAAUAUUUAAUUACCAAUGAUACAACUGAAUUUCAAAAACUCAAAUCAGAAUUUUCAGCAAGUAGAUUAGAAAUGCUUUCCUGGCUUAGAGAUAUUGCAACAGGAAUGCAACAUGUACACCAAUUAGGUAUUCUACAUAGGGAUUUGAAAUUAAGUAAUUUUUUUAUAUCUAAAGUUAAUGGGAAAAGGAUUGGAAAAGUUGGAGAUUUUGGCAUUGCUAUUUUUAUAGACUCAAGACUCGGUUAUUCACCCUUUACAGAUUUUGGAAAUGUUUAUUAUGCUGCCCCGGAAGUUCUGAGAAAAGAGGGAUUUUUUAAGGAAAGUGAUGUAUGGUCAUUUGGAAUGAGCAUGAUAGAGGUAAUAACAAAUUCUUUUGUUUUUGACGGUUUCUGUCCAGGCCUUGCAAUGGUAGUUAAUGCAGCAAAUAUUGAUACCAUUAAUAAAAACCUCGAUGUACCAUUUGAGCUAAAUAAACUUCUUAAAUCAAUUCUUGACCCAGAUAGAAGAAUGAGGCCAUCAUUUGAAUCGAUCUCUUUUGAGCUAUCCAGAAUUAUUGAAGACUCACAAAAUUCUGCAUUUCAAAAACUAAUCGAAUUUCACGCAUUUAAAUAG